AUGUUCAAGUAAUUUAGUAAUGUCUAUAAAAUCAUAGAUUGUUCAAAUUGUACAUGUCCAGAGUAAUAAUAUUACGAUAGCAUUGAUUUAAUUUGUAAAGAUUGUGACCCAAUUUGUACAUUAUGUAAUGGUGUAGCCAAUAAUUGCCAAUCAUGUUCACCUACACACUAUUUGAAUGGCUCCACUUGUACUAAAUGUACCGCUCCUUGCUUAGAUUGUUCUGACAUAGCAACCUGCCAAUCAUGUGUCCUUGGAUAUUAUUUAGACGGUACUGAUUGUUUCAAAUGCGAUUUGCCAUGCGUAAACUGUUCAACUCAAGGAAAUACAGAUUGUUAAUCCUGUCAAAAUGGAUAUUAUCUUAAUGAUUUAAUUUGCGAACAGUGCGAUUUGAAUUGUACACUAUGUGAUAUUUCUCCCGCCAAUUGUUCCGAUUGUCAAAUAGGGCUAUUAUUUAGAUAAUACAACCUGUAAAGAUUGCUCAGCUCAUUGUAAUUAAUGUGA